CUCACCUGUCCAUCCAUAUUAUCACCAUUUUCUCAGACAAACUAACAGUGAACAGUUCGUAAAAUAUGGCUAGCUCAAGGAAUGAAGCUAAUAAAGUUUGCUGUUACGAGCAUCCGGAUGAUCCUCUGAUCGAAGAUUAUCGCGCUGGUGACAUGAUAUGUUCUAAAUGCGGUCUAGUAGUAGGCGACAGAGUUAUUGAUGUCGGUUCUGAAUGGAGAACAUUCAGCAAUGAAAAAUCAGGAGUAGAUCCAUCUCGUGUUGGUGGUCCUGAAAAUCCGCUGUUGAGUGGUUCCGAUUUAUCAACGAUGAUUGGUCCAGGUACUGGCGCCGCAUCAUUUGAUUCAUUCGGAGCUCCACGUUACCAAAAUAGACGCACAAUGAGCAGCUCUGACCGUGCGUUAAUAAACGCCUUCCGCGAAAUAAACGGAAUGGCAGACCGCAUAAACCUGCAGAAAGUAAUAGUAGAUCGUGCAGAGGCGCUUUUCAAGCAAGUGCACGACGGAAAGAAUUUAAAAGGACGUUCGAAUGACGCGAUUGCCUCAGCUUGUUUGUACAUCGCGUGUCGUCAGGCCGGAGUGCCCCGGACAUUCAAAGAAAUUUGCGCGGUUAGUAAAAUAAGUAAGAAGGAAAUCGGAAGAUGUUUCAAACUCAUUCUCAAAGCGCUGGAGACCAGUGUUGAGUUGAUAACAACCGGCGAUUUCAUGUCGCGUUUCUGUGCUAAUCUCCAGUUGCCCAACUCGGUACAGAAAGCCGCGACGUACAUCGCGAAGAAAGCCGUCGAGAUCGAUAUUGUACCUGGCAGAUCGCCGAUUUCCGUCGCCGCGGCGGCUAUUUACAUGGCCUCUCAAGCUUCGGAAGACAAAAAGUCACAGAAAGAGAUCGGUGACAUCGCUGGAGUCGCUGAUGUCACUAUCAGACAAUCCUACAAAUUAAUGUAUCCCUACGCGGCUAAAUUGUUUCCAGAAGAUUUCAAAUUUGUUACGCCUAUCGACCAGUUGCCGCAGAUGUAAAAUUAUUAACACUUAUAUAUAUUUGUUAUUAAACUUUAUAUUCUUUUUUUUUUCUUUUUUUUUUUAAGAUUAUUAUUCAUUUAUAUGAGUAAGUUAUUCAUUUAACUUACUUUUCCAAAGGUAUUCCUUCAUAUAUGACUUGAAAGUUGAUACUUUUAUUACGUUUGUUUUAUAACUCAAAAAUAGGCCUGGCUUACUAGACCAUGAAGUAAAAAAUUUGAUAACGAACUCUUUCUGAAAUUUAAGUCAAAGGAAUACCUCAAUUAUUUAUUGUAAUUACGUAUUGGUAAUUAUAAUUAUAGACGAUUUAAUUUAUUGUUCUACAAAUUCUAACAUUCCCGAUCGUCAGAUGGCAUUAAAAAAUAAUAAACAAUAAAAAAUUUGUCGGGAACGAUUUAUUAGACUGAUGAUAAAUUGACAGUAAAACAUAAUUUUUAAAAAAUACCAUUCUAAGCUGGUAAAUUUAUCAAUAAUUAAAUAUUUGAAGGCUAUUUGUUAUUUGUAUUAAAGAAAAUAUGAGUUUUCAUGUGGGAAAGUUCAAAACUUACGAUGAAGAAUUCAAAGAGUUGAUUAGAUAAUUUGAUAAUAUUUUUCUUACCCCCUAUUGUAUUUUAAAAUAGUUAUUAGACUAAACAGUUUUAAUCUAAGGCACCUUAAAUAUCUCGUUUGCAUCAACAAUAAGAUAAAUAACUUUAUUAAUGGCAAUGGGAUUUAAUUUAAGUUCUUCCUUAAAUAUUAACUCCAUUCAAUUAUUAUGUAUCUGAAAACUUUAUUCUUUCCGAGUAUCUAAUAGUAUUUUAAAUAAAAAUUAAAGUUCAUACUGAAAUUAUUAAAAAUUCUUUUAGUCUUAAGUAUUUUUGAUGAUGUAACGUAAUAAAUAAUUUUUAAAUAUCUAUUAUUAA